CUGACCGCCUCAAAGCUAGAACUGGCCUAAAAGGAGAGAAGUUCUAUCAUUUGUGCAAGCUUUCUGAAGCAAACUGAGAUCACAGAAAGAGUCAUCUUAACCUUUGAAGACCAAGACUAAAGUGAAAUUUAAAAUGUUCUUCAGGGAAGAACGAAGCUUGACCUACACUUUGGUGAUAAUUUGUUUCCUGACUUUACGGCUGUCCGCCAGCCAGAAUUGCCUCACCAAAAGUCUAGAAGAUGUUGUCAUUGACAUUCAAUCAUCUCUUUCUAAGGGAAUCAGAGGCAAUGAGCCCACAUAUACAAUAACUCAGGAAGACUGCAUUAAUUCUUGCUGUUCAACAAAAAACAUAACAGAUUUUCCAUCUCUGACCAGAACUGAUUUGCCACACCAAAAGUUAGCACAAGAAGAUGAUCUCUUCCAUGGCCAGUCUUCACAAGCGGUCACUCCCACUCUCCCUCCUCUGACAGGUAAUUUGAAGCCUACUGAUCUCUUAUGGAGAGAUGCACUUUCUCAGAAGUCUGGAUCCCCCGGUCAAUUGCAGAAACUAUUCAAGACUGAUCAAACGACUACACGGGUCUCUGUUUAUAAAGAGAAUGUCCAUUCUCAGAAUUCACCGUUUUCCUCAGAACUAGAAAUAGCUCAUCCACUGCCUAAAAAUGCAGCUACCUUCCCAGCUCCAGGGGCUGCUGCUGCUUCUCUGCCUGACACCUCUGYUCCUCUGAAACCUGCAGUUCUUCUACCGACCAGUACUUCAGUGAGACCCUCUGCGACUUUCCAACCAUGGGUGGUCACCACAGCUCCACCUGUAACCACUGUCACCUCUCAGCAGACCAGAGCCCCCAUUUCUACMGUUUUUACACAUGCCAUGGUUACACCUCAAGUUAAAACUACAGUAGCGGUUCCAAUUACCAUCUUUCAAGCAUCUACAGACUUGACAGGCACCUCAGAAACUGUACCCUUUAGAGAAAUGCUGACUUCAAACAUAAGGUCUGGGCAUAAAUCUGCUACAYUUUCUUUGUCAAAUGUGGAGUCUUCUGCUACAAAUAAAACUGCUUUUCAGGACAAUGGGAAGGCCAGCGUAGGUGGUUCAUCACUAAGCAGAGUUCCAGAAAGCCCAUAUAGCCUUCCAUUUGAAAAGUGGCUCCUCAUGGGUACCCURCUCUUUGGUGUUCUGUUCCUGGUGAUAGGCCUCAUCAUCUUGGGCAGGAUGCUCUCAGAAUCCCUCCGCAGGAAACGGUACUCAAGACUUGAUUACUUGAUCAAUGGAAUCUACGUUGACAUCUAAAGGCAAAAGUAGCUAUCUCUUGAUUAUUUAGUAAUUGGAAGCCAAAUGCAGUGAAUUUCUGCUGACUUGCUGGUCUCAAUAGGAGAUUGUAUUCUGAAUACUAGAAAAUGUCCCUUACCAAUUUCUUUUUGCUUGUUUUUUUUUUUUUUUUGAGAAGGAAGGAGAAAAGAAACCAAAUUAGCUAAUUUGAAUGAUCUGUCUCUAAAAUACUGACUGAAAAUAAAGCUCUACCUAAAGUAAUAAAGUGUGAUUGCCAUAUAAAUUGGGAAAUUCAGCUGGCUUUUUGCAAKGAAUAAAGGUUAGGAUGUCUAGAUUCCAAUUUGUUAAUAUUUCUGGUUCCAGAUAAAGUCGACUGUUUAUGAUAUUAGUUUUAAUGGAUUUGAUUUUCUUUUUAUAUGAAUUCCAAUAAAACUUAUUCCAGAUGUAUUUCCUUCCAAUUAAAUAUUUGAAUAAAUCUUUUGUUACUCGGUAAUGUUCUCGUAAGUGACAUGUCCAGCUGGAUAACUUUCAGUUUAUUCCCACCAGCAAUAUGAUGAAAUGAUGAAAAUAUGUGUUCCAAGUUAAAAUGACAAAUCCUUCUUUUCCCGUCAAGGAGCAAAGAGGUUCCUCUGGGAAACUUUUAGCAGAAUAUCAGCCUAU